AUGAAUCAAGGCCGAACAGCAAACAAUAAUAGAAGAUGCGAUACUCAGCAUACGAUCCCCGUGCUCGAUGAUAAUGGCACUAUCGUGAGCGAUUCGCACAUUAUCUGCAGCUAUUUGGCGGAUAAGUAUGCCCCGGAGGGCAAUGACUCCCUGUAUCCACGGGAUCCGGAGAAGAGGCGGCUGGUGGAUGCCCGUUUGUACUACGACUGCGGUCAUCUGUUCCCGCGCAUCCGAUUCAUCGUGGAGCCAGUGAUUUACUUCGGAGUCGGUGAGGUGCCCGCCGACCGAGUGGCGUAUCUUCAGAAGGCCUACGAUGGCUUGGAGCACUGCCUGGCUGGAGGAGAUUACCUAACGGGCGACAAACUGACCAUCGCGGAUCUUAGCUGCAUCGCCUCGGUUUCCACGGCUGAGGCCUUUGCGCCCAUUGAGGCGGACCAGUUCCCCCGUCUGGUGGGGUGGGUCAAGCGUCUGCAGGCCCUCCCCUACUACAAGGAGAACAACCAAGAGGGUCUGGACAUGUUGGUGGGCCUGGUAAAGGGACUGGUGACCGAGCGCCAGCAGAAGUAA